CUCGUGCCUGCAAUCAAUCAGAAUCAAUGGUUGGAUGCUGGAGACAACAAGUUCACUUGAUUGUUAAGAGAGAAAAAAAAAAUUUAAAAAUGUUAAAUUUAUGAAUAAUGCUUAAAUUUUAAUAUUGAAUAAUGCUUAAAUUUUAAUAUUGAAGGGGAUAAUCAGAUAACAGCUUCCAUCAUACUCACACUACCCUGUCGUUCCAAUCCUCUUCUCCCCCAAACCCUAGACGACUUCUGUUUAGGGUUUCAAGAGAAGAGAAGAGAAGUCACUCUGGACCAGAUAUGAAGCAUCUUGCAGGUUAUGUGUUACCACAGCAGGAUCAACAACAGCAGUUCGUUGAAGCUCCAGUUUUCACAAUUUCAAAUUAUCGAAACCAAGACUUCCACCCAUUUCAUCCCAAUUUACAGCAUAAACAACAAACGGGAGGAUUUCUCUUGACAAAUCGAUUGUUUCAACACCACAAUCAUCACUUCCAACCAUUUGAACAACAAGAAGGUGACCCAGUUCGUCAGGCCUCACCUUGUCACCUGAAUUUUAACUUGGGAUUGACCGAGAACAGAAGCAGCAAGGAGGCUUUUGAAGAAGAAGAAGGCCCAUUUCUUCACGGGUCGCAGAUUCCCCAUUCUUGCAGGCCUCUGACUAACAACGACAAAAACGGGUGCAUUGAACAUGAAGAACACGCGAGGGAAGGGAACAACAAGUACGAUAACCACAAGCUUUUACAACAUUUUGAUCAGGGUAGUAGCAAGAAUUUGGACAACAGACUCUUCAAUGAGCUUGAAGCUAUCUAUGGCCUCUCAAAUAUGGGAGAAGCUAAUCAAACGGCCUCAGGGUCCGCUCUCACAUGGGAAAACUCCACUACAAAUGCCAAACUUUCUUUGCUAUUCGGUCAUGUCAAUGGUCAAAAUGUAGCUGCAAGAGGCACCGCUAAUGCUGCAAUUGGGGUAGAUCAUGAAUCAGAGACUUCCUUAGGAGAAGAAGCUGCCCUCCGGAAGAGUCAAAAGAGGAAAAGAAAAUGGAAAGUGAAGGAAAAUUUGGGUUACAUUACUUGGUGCCUUGAGAACUUUGUGAAGCAAGUCAUUGAUCACCAAGAAAAACUGCACUGUAUGUUCUUGGGAGUGAUUGAGAAAAUGGAGAAAGAGAGGGCUGAACGAGAAGAAGCAUGGAGGCGCCAGGAGGUUGCAUUACAUAACAGAGAAGCAAUGGCAAGAGCCCAUGAGCAGAUUCUGGCGUCUAAUAGAGAUGCUGUGAUUGUUUCAUGCAUUGAGAAAAUUACAGGCCAAAGCAUCGAUCUUCCUAAGAGGAAGAUUGCCAAAACCAGAGAUUUUGAAGCAACCCCACAACCAAUUGACACCCAUGAAAACCGACGCAAAUAGCAUAUGGCCUAACAUGUUUAUUCCAUUGAUUUAAUCAAUAGUAUAAUUUUAUUUUCACUUUCU